UUUUCAGUUCGUUUGACAACUUAAAAGAACAAAUGUCUAAAAUGAACGGAACAAUGAUUAAAGUGCAAGGGGACGCUAAAAAGUGGAGAGAACAGGCUGAGGCUGCAAACAAAUUGGCAACUUCAUUGAGUCUUGCAAAAGUAGAAAGUGAUAAUUUGUUGGCUUUUAAGAAUCGUCAACUGGCUCAAUUACAAGAACUUUGCCGUCGUUUGAAUAAAGAAAAUCGGGGAAUAGAUAAAAAUAGUAUGUCUUCCAACGACAACGAAAUUGGGGAAAAAGGAAAGGAGGAGAAUGAAGAAUUGGCUUCUACUAGUAAUGGAGCUGGAGAAGGAGAUGGGGGAGAGGAAGGUAAAAUAGAGGAGAAAAUUGCCCAGAUUGACUUGAAAGAGGAAAUCAAGGAAGAGAAAAAAGAAUAA